CCCAUACUCGAAUGCCAGACCAGACGCAUUCGACCGAGUAUCGCGCAACGAUAUUUGUGCCCAGCAACGUUCCAGUGAACUCGAUGCUCAACGCAAUUGGACCAGCACCAAGGAAAAGGCAACGCGAAAACCAUAAGAACCCGACCACCCGUCCAUGACAUCAACAUAUGUAUCCCGUUCCACCAAUGUCCGAGAAAACCAUCUCAGCCAGUAUGAUUGCGCAAGUUCUCCAUCUCCAUCCUCCAGCCAGUUGUUGUCCCAUCCAUAUCGCACAAGUCGCGUCGCGUUCCUUCACCCUUUCCGUCACGACCUCACUUUACUUCUUCGGAGUCGACUUCGUAGUAGUGGCCUUCUUUCCUGUACGCGCCUCGCGGGCAUGAGCAGCUCUAGCACGAGCAGCCUCCUUCUUUGCCUUCUUGGAUUUGGCCUUCUCGACGCGUCCCUUCUGCAUAGCGGCCUUUGCUGUGCUGUUGACGGCCAUUGCGAUAGAUUUUUUUGAGGUAUUGUCGGUGGACUUUGACUUGAUGCGGUCGCGAAGAUGAGAUUCCGAAGUGUGCAGAGUUUGAGGAGGAUCGAUGGUUGUUGAUGGAUUUGAUGAUUUUUGGAUGUUGGUGAAGGAAGAAGGAAAGAGG